AGAAGAAAAACAGUAACCGAUGGGCAAAGAAGCAAUUGUUAGUGGUGAUGUAGGACCCAUUUGGAUGGAUUUGGCGCGAUUUCGUCAAGGAGGAAAGAAGGAAGUCAAGAAGGAAACUGGGUUGGGGCUAUCUUUUAAGAAGGAUGAGAACUUUGGAGAAUGGUACUCUGAGGUUGUUGUCAAUUCUGAAAUGAUUGAAUACUAUGACAUUUCGGGUUGUUAUAUUCUGAGGCCAUGGGCAAUCUCUAUCUGGGAGAUCCUGCAAACAUUUUUCGACGCAGAAAUUAAGAAAAUGGAAAUCAAGAACUGCUACUUCCCUCUUUUUGUAUCUCCAGGUGCUUUACAAAAGGAGAAGGAUCACAUUGAGGGCUUUGCUCCAGAGGUUGCUUGGGUAACCAAAUCGGGAAAGUCAGAUUUGGAAGUGCCUGUUGCAAUACGCCCAACUAGUGAGACAGUGAUGUAUCCCUACUAUUCUAAGUGGAUAAGGGGGCACCGUGACUUGCCUUUGAAACUUAAUCAAUGGUGCAAUGUUGUUCGAUGGGAAUUUAGCAACCCUACACCAUUUAUCAGGAGUCGUGAGUUCCUCUGGCAGGAAGGACAUACAGCCUUCGCUACGAAAGAAGAGGCAGACACAGAGGUUCUUCAAAUAUUGGAACUUUACAGACGCAUAUAUGAAGAAUUUUUGGCUAUCCCUGUCAUAAGAGGGAAAAAAACUGAGAUGGAGAAGUUCGCUGGUGGACUUUACACAACAAGUGUUGAGGCAUUUAUCCCAAAUACUGGUCGUGGUAUUCAAGGUGCAACCUCCCAUUGUUUGGGCCAAAAUUUUGCAAAAAUGUUUGAGAUAAACUUUGAAAAUGACAAGGGAGAAAGGUGUAUGGUCUGGCAGAACUCUUGGGCAUAUAGUACUCGAACGAUUGGAGUUAUGGUGAUGGUUCAUGGUGAUGACAAAGGCUUGGUGCUACCUCCCAAAGUAGCAGCAUUGCAAGUUGUUGUGGUUCCUGUACCGUACAAAGAUGCUGAUACCAAAGGUAUUUUUGAUGCCUGCAUUGAAACUGUGACUGCACUGUCAGGAGCAGGUAUUCGUGCUAAGGCUGAUCUUCGAGAUAACUACUCUCCUGGUUGGAAGUAUUCUGACUGGGAAAUGAAAGGUGUUCCCAUAAGGAUUGAAAUAGGGCCAAGAGAUUUGGCAAACAACCAGGUACGUGUUGUUCGCCGUGACAGCGGAGAAAAAAGUGAUAUUUCCAGGGUAUUUUUAGUUGAACAAGUGAAAGGCAUCCUGGAUAAGAUUCACGAAAAUCUCUUUGAAGUUGCAAAACAGAAACGAGAUGCUUGCAUUCAAAUCGCAAGAACUUGGGAUGAAUUUGUAAAGGCUCUUGGGGAAAAGAAAAUGAUCUUGGCUCCUUGGAGUGAUGAGGGGAAUGUUGAGAAGGAAGUGAAAGAGCGAACAAAGGGUGAGCUGGGAGCUGCUAAAUCUCUGUGUACCCCAUUUGACCAGCCUGAACUCCCAGAAGGUACUAUCUUUAUGUUACAUUGGAGUAUUGGACAUAUUUGGACUAUUGUUCUUGGAGAGAAUGCAUUACCAAAAACAAAUAAUUAACACAAAAUUGGAAUCAUCACAAUCAAUUUCACUAAAUAAGAACUUUCUUUCUUCUUGACCUUCUCAUAUUGCCAAUACUAGUAACAAUCUAUUUCGUGGAAAAUGAUUGCCACAUUGGAAUGAACCAAACUGAUUAUAGCCACAGCACGAAUUGUACUUAAAAAAUUUUGAAGAAUGCGGACUUCACAGAGGAAGGAAAUAUUGUAGCCAUGGGACUUUAUGCAUUGCAUGAAAAAUGGACUGCAGUUUGUUUGUUUCAGAAACGAAUGCUUUGUUAAAAUUAUAUGCAGGUACUAAAUGCUUUGUUUCUGGUAAGCCUGCAAAAAAGUGGACCUAUUGGGGCAGGAGUUACUAGAUCAACAUAUCGUCAUGUGAUGCAUUGUUCCUCUGGUUCCAAAUACCAAUGGCGUCCAUGUGCUUGGCGCAUUUAAAUCAUAGAUCUCUCUAUAAACUCAACUUUACCAUUUUAAUUUUAAGUGUAUGGCCUUCACUUAAAUUGUUCAGCAGAAUGUUACAUUUCUACAUGUUUGCUGCCUUGUCCUUGCAAUAUGAGACUAUGUUUGAUCAUGUUGUGAAUUCUUUUGUGUCACCAUUUGGCCACGACUUGCUAGGGACUGGCUUUACUCCUAUAAAUUGAAA